UCCUGCAGUGCAUGGCGGCGGUCGCAUAAACCUUGUGCUCCGCUGCAGCCCAGGCCUAACAGCGGCUACACAGCAUUGAUCCUGAGCAUAUCGCUACAGCAAUUGUGCCCACCGGUACCUGAACUAUCGGGGCACCUGAUGAUGACCCGGAGGCGAGGGAAAAAGAGCCCACUGAAGCUCACGGCGUUCUUUCCUGCUGCAGAGGCCUCACAAGAUGGCGCGGCUCAGUGCGGGUCAGCGUCUCCGGCUACUGGAAGUGCCUCACCAGCGUCUUCAUCCUCUCCGACGGGCUGCGCCCUGGAGGCUUCUCCUUCAACUCCUCCAAUUCUCCUGACAGGCUGGUCACCCUCGGUGCAGCAGGACCCGCAGGUACCGUUUUCCCCGAUCUCCUCCAAGCCACUGGGAGCGGGGACACUGCAUACUAGAGGCCCGGGAGGCCCUGAUGGGAGCUCUCCGUCGGCGCCCCUAACUGAACCUAUUAUGAGGGGGCUUCUUGCUGAGUUACACACCUCCAUUCAGGGCGACAUUAAGGCAGCCGUGUCCAAUAUACAGCAUGAGAUCUCCUCUCUUGGACACCGCACAUCGCACAUUGAGAACAAGAUGGCGGAACUCACCUCUUCUCAUAAUGAAGUGGUGGACUUAGCUAAUGGCCUGGAGGAUGAGGUUGCCGCUCUUCAACUUAAGAUAGCUGAUAUGGAGGACAGGUCUCGCCGAAACAAUCUAAGGGCUUCCACCCUAGAUUUGCUCAUGGACAGAGUCCACAGGCUUCCUAAGCCCAAAACCCUACCUGCUACUACACCGAGGGAUGUGAUUCUGCGCCUUCACUUUUACCAUAUUAAGGAGCAAUUAAUGUUGGUGGCGCGCUCCUCACCCUCCCUACCAGAGGAGUAUUCGGGACUCCAACUUUUCACGGAUCUUUCUGCUGCCACUCUAGCCAGGAGACGUGAGUUCAGUGCGGGGACUAAAGCUCUCAGAGAAAAAGGGAUCCCUUAUAAAUGGGGAUUCCCUGUGAAAUUGAUUAUCACCAAUAAGGGGUCCAAACAUGUGGUCUCUUCCCCGGAGACCCUUCUGCAACUGUGUGCGGAAUGGAACUUGCCUGUUGAUCUAACUGCUCAGAGGUCCCUGGACAUACCACAUGCUGCUAAGAUAGCUGAAGAAUGGAAAGUUGUCUCCCACCGCAAGAAGAAAAUCAAGACAUGAACUGUUCCUCUGCCUUUGGACAGGCCUGUCCGACUUGUCUCACUGGCUUAUGACUGGGGUAUCCCUCCCCACCCUUUGGGUUACUUAUCCUCUUAGUGCUCUGGAUACUUUUCCUGAAUGCUGAAACAUUCGGCCUAACUGCAGUCGAAUGUACUUUCCUACCCCCAUUAAGACCUACCACAUGGUCUUUACUACUGCUUGCUCAAUUUAUUUGUUCUUUGUUGUUCGUUCUGUUUACUUGUUUUCUGUCCUGUUGGUCCUCCAUCACUCACUUUCUCUAAUAAUGGAUAUGAGAGGCUCCUUUUGCGAGCUGCUAAGUGUAGUUGUAUCAUCCUCAACGGGAGUACC